AUGGAUUUUGACGGCAAGGGUCGCCGGUGGGUGGGUUCUGAGACAGAGUGGCCUGAGGAGUUCUCCACGCCUCGAGAUCUGCACGAAGAUGACUUCCUGUGUGAGGUCAAGAGGGAUAAUGAUGCCGAUAAAGAUGAUGUCAACGUUGUUUUGACCAAUUACGGGGAUGCAGCCUCGUUGACCGCGGACGAGGUGCUGGAAGACUUUGGUCGAGGCGUCAGCCUCCAAGAUGUAGAAGAUGCCAUAGGUCCAGCAGGCCACAGAAGGGCAGCGUGGCUGGAUGACCGAACUUAUAGGAUUCAUCAUGACCGGGCUUAUAAGUAUCCCAUCCUCGAUGGGAGCGGAGACAGCAGGCAAUACGCCAACCCCUUGACGGGAACUGGACUUCUGCGAGCCUUGCGGGAGCUGCGGUUCAAUCACUCGUGCUUCCCUGACGCCCCGAGACGACUGAUCUAUAUCACCGAUCUGGAUCCUGCUUUCGUUCAUGCUCUUGCGGCAACCGCCUCCAUCCAUCAAACCCCGGUGUUGAAAGAUGCCAUCCAUAAGCACCUUGAAUCUCAUACCUCGAUUGCGGUGAAAAUCCCUUCUGAGGGAUUUCUCACUUUCCAGUUGAACCUCCAUCUGCCAUUCUUCUUACUGAGGAAGGCCAAACCCCCGGAUGAUCCUGUCGGAGGUAUCAAUACGAAGCCACGGAGACGGUGGACAGCUUUACCAUUCCUGAGGCUAGAGCGCUCCCGGUUUCAGGACCAAGAGUCAGAGGGGGUCUGGGGCAUUCAUGAUGCUCACAUUUCUGUUGUUGUUGCCGGAUCACACGACCUCCGAUAUACCGCCUACGGGUUCGUUGACACCGAGAUUGACGGCUACCUGACCGACUGCGAAGAAGAAGAUCUGAGAUUUGACAGGAUAGCAGGAGGGGAGAUUGAAGCCGACACUCCUAUAUGGAGGGCCCGGGACUAUUAUCUGAAAAUCUUCGAGAUUCGGAUAGACAAGGUCCGAGAAGAGUGGGAGUAUUUGAUGCACAAGCUGGAGCCGGGUGUCCAGCAAUAUAUGGCAGACCACCCAUUUACGGUAUCUUGCCGCUCUGCACUUGCAGGAGAGCGAUCCGCAGAGAUGAAAGAAGCGUUUGACUGGGCUCUCCAAACAAUGGGCCUCCUGCGUCGGCUACAUGGCGUUCUCUCGGACACUGUUGACGCGUGGGCAUCAUUUAGUUCCCCCGGUGAAGACAUUGGGUACUUUCAGAGCUCUCCAGCAGCUCCCAUCUCGCAACAAGCUCGCCGAUCUCUCCGUGCAGUCAGGACGACCUUCCGUGAACUUCAUGGUUAUCAAAAGAGAUUGGCGCUUUUGAUCGUAAGCUGUUCAGACUUUUCGGAAACUUUGAACUUUCAUUUGAAGCUGGAGGGCAAAGAAUCCGCUGACUACCACGGGGUAAAUUCAGAGGUUGUCCUUUCGCUCUUCUAUCCUGUGGCAUUGGUGGCUGCUAUUUUUAGCGUGAAGCCGGAAGCCAUACCCUUCGACAUGAAUCCCAAGUCUUUUUUUCUUGCCACUCUAGCAGCGAUAAUCAUUGCAUAUACCAUACGAGCUGUUGUUCAACGUCUUUUAGCAUCGUGGCCGUCUUUACGAAGAACAGUGACCGCCAUUUGGGCCGUUCCACUCAGGGGUAAGGUCACCGACAAGCCUCGAGGGCGUGAAGGCCAAGAUGGAUUACCGCCGGUAGCCUCUACACGCUCUCGAGGAAGAGCGGCGGACAUGGAGCUGGCACGGGAACAAGGACAUUAA